AUGCACAUGAAAUAUGUGAUUUUUUGUGUUUUUCUUCCAAUGAUCGUGAUAGAACUAAAGAUGGCUCUUGGAGUGACUUGGGAAAACUACAUCUACGAAAUACAUCAGGAAAAUGAUGAGAAUGCGGAAAUCUUUAGGAGAUAUGAUAUUGCCCGAAGAGAUACGAGAGACAAAGAACCAACAAAACCACCUGGUCCUGGAGUUGAGACAGAACAAAGGCCUCCAUAUUCUACUGAUAAACCAACCUCUAUUUUCCCCACAAAACCAUCAUCCAAGAAAAUUGAAAAGAAAAUGAAUACAAGUGGCGCAAGUGUGAAUACCACUGGCGGAAGACAUACGAUUAACAAGACAGUUAUUGACAACCACAAAUACUACAAGUCUAGUUAUGAUAGUUCUGGAGCUGAAAAGUGGUGGUAUCCUUUGGAUCAAGGAAAAUUUCCACCAAUAAUUCACGAAAGACUCUCAAGAAACAAACAACUUUCUUUUACAACAGAGAUUUCAUUCCAAUUUCCCUAUUACGGACAUAUCAUUGAAUCGGUUACAAUAACAAAUAAAGGUUAUCUUUUUCUGGGUGAUGUGGUUCACAAGUUCAAUGCCUCGUUACAGUAUGUUGCUCCACUUAUGGCUGAUUUUACAACAAACAACGACACAGUUAUAACUUACGUAGACACAGGAAACCGACUAACUGUGCAAUGGACAAAAUUAAAAUUCCAAAAAGUUGGUGAAUUCUCUUUCCAAUGUACUUUACUAAAGAACGGGACGAUUAUUUUUGCCUACCGAAAUAUUCCAGCUCCUGUUGUGGAAUUAAAAAGUGAUUCAUUACAGCACCGUGUUGGUAUUUCAGAUGGCUUACGUUUUCGAAUCAUUCGUCGUGGCUUAUUUUACAUAAAGGGGAAAUUUUACAAAGUUAUAGCUCAAAAUUUGUAUUUUAAAUAUCACUCUGUUGAACUUCCUAUGGAAAAUGUAAAAACUGGCGCUGCCUACGUCAUCACGCCGUUGCCAAACUGUGUAAUGUUAAAAACGUGCGACGCCUGUGCGAAUACUGCAACUGCUUUCUCGUGUGUGUGGUGUGCCGCGGUGAACAGAUGCUCAGAUGGAGUAGACAGACAUCGUCAGGCGUGGUUUGUUAACAAAUGCCCAAAAAAUAAUCAGACAAAGUGUUCGAUAGAACGACCGACACCAGCAAGAACAACUCAAGUCAAUAACGUUACAGCAUCACCGACGCCAAGAUAUAAAACGAAAACAACAAUGAAAAUGAAACAGAAGCCAACAAUAGUAGAAUUCAGGAGAAAUAAUAAAACAACUACAAAAUCAAAUAAAACACCAACUCAAGAAUCUAAAAUAACAGAUAAUAACAGAACAAAAGAGGGAACUGUUGACUCUGAUACGAAAAUCACAGAAAAGCCUGUCAUAAGAUCAUCGACAAAUAAAAAUGGUCCACUAAAUAAUAAUGGCAAUGUUGGUGCUAGAUCUGGUUCUGAAAGCUCUGGUGUCAGCAGUGUUGGAAUUGGUUUAAUAGUACUUUGCCUUGUGAUAAUAUUAGUGGCCCUUUGUUGGUUUGUCUACGCAUACCAUCAUCCCCACUCCAGAUCAGGACGAUUUUUGAUUGAGCACCGCAACCCUAAGAAAUGGUUUAGAAAUUCUGACGGCGCGUCACGUGGAAAUAUGCAUUACAGAACGAAAACCAUGGAGCUCAGUGAAUCAUAAUGUUAUCAUCUCAAAUUCAUAUUCGGUAGACAAUUGCAUCCUCGUAUUGAGAUGCGAUCUUGCAAAGAGUUAGUGGCUGUAUAUGUCUGCAAGUUCUGAAGGAAAUAAACCUAAAUUCAGUGUUAAUAAUUACAUUGCAAAAUUUAAUAAA